UAUGUAAACUUUGUGAUAUGUUUUUCUUUCACCUCCCUCCAUCUUUCUUCACUCUUCCCCUUCCCGUCCUAUUAUCCUCCAAUGGCUCAUUCUCAGCAAAUUGAACCCUCCAUAAACCCUAACCCUAAUCCUUCUCCUCCGGGAGCUCCAUCCGCCGUGAAUUCUAGACCGUCCGAUGAAGACACCAAUCGUUCCGCCACCGCCAAACGUCCACGGGAGGAAUACGCCGCCGCCACCACGGACGAGUCUGGUUUGUCGGGGGAUGAUGUGCCUCCAUUGAAGAAGCGGGUAAAGGUUUCCCAAGAUGUAGUGUACCGUAUAGUUGUACCGUCAAGACAGAUCGGGAAAGUUAUUGGUAAAGCAGGGCAUCGUAUACAGAAGAUUCGUGAAGAAACUAAAGCUACCAUCAAAGUUGCUGAUGCUAUCGCCCGUCAUGAAGAGCGAGUAAUUAUCAUUAGCUCCAAAGACAAUGAUGAUAUGUUUAGUGAUGCGGAGAAUGCCCUUCAUCAAAUUGUGUCACUUAUUUUGAAGGAUGAUGAUGGCAACCUUGACGCACAGAAAGUUGGUGCUGGACAUGUGGCAGCAAACACAGUAAGGUUCUUGAUUGCUGGUUCUCAAGCAGGUGGUUUGAUAGGAAUGUCUGGUCAAAAUAUUGAAACUUUGAGGAAUUCUUCUGGAGCUACUAUCACAGUUCUUGCUCAACAUCAGUUGCCUUUGUGUGCAUCUGCUCAUGAGUCAGAUCGUGUAGUACAGCUUGCAGGAGACAUCCCUGCGGUCUUGAGAGCUGUGGUAGAAAUUGGCUGUCAAUUGAGGGAUAACCCUCCUAAACAAGUAAUUUCGAUCAGCCCGACAUACAAUCUUGGUUAUUCUCGCCCACCUCAUCCACAUGUGGAUCCAUCUUCAGCUGAAUAUGUAAAUCUGACUAUGUUAGUUCCCGAAUCAUUAGCUGGUGGGUUGAUUGGAAGGUGUGGCUCCAAUAUUUCAAGGAUCCGUGCAGAGUCUGGAGCGACAAUUAAGGUACAUGGUGGGAAAGGUGAGCAGAAACAAAGACAAGUCCAUCUUGGUGGUAGUGCACAACAGGUUGCCCUUGCAAAGCAAAGAGUUGAUGAAUAUGUCUAUUCCCAGUUGAUGUUACAAGCUGGUGGUGAGCAGCUCCAGGAUACAAUGCAGCUCCAGCAGUCAAUGCAGCUGCAACAGUCAAUGCAUCUGCAACAACAAAUACCCAACACAUCUGCUACACUGUUGCCAGGAUAUAAUCAUGGUCAUGGACUUUAUAUGAACAGUAACCAAGAAGCUCAAAUGAUGUCAUCAUACCCACAAGCAUACUCAUCAACCACCCCUCAAGCUCCUGCUUACUAUGGUCAGUCUUAUCCAGCUACACAAAUGUAGAGGCAAAAGGGCUUCUCUCUCGUACAGCUUUUCAAUCAGAUGGUUGAUAUACACAAUGUUGACAAUUUCUUGUUGUGUCAUUAUUUCGAUUUCUGAUAUAAGCAUUGGAGAUGGUCGGUUUCGGCCAGGAUGUCUCUUGUUGAUGUUGCGACAUAGUUUGCAUGAGUUCACUUAAUUCGUGGGAUAUUGAUGGAAAAGUUGAUGCUUAAAGUUUUAUGGUCAGCGAAUCUAGUAUGUGCCUCUGGGAGCGGCAGAUCUACUGAAGGGAGCUUAUAAUAUCAGUUGCAUUGAAGGUAUAAGCACAGCCCUCUGGAUCUUCUGCCCCUUUGUUCUCCUCUGCUUCCACCCUGCCCGGCCCUGCUCCUUGAAAAAGCUCCCAAACCCCGCCCUGGUUUACCUUUGCUGCUUGAUUUUCAUUUACCUCUGUUGUUUCCAUCAGAACAGAAACAGGGAUGUGAGAGUAUGCAUUGCACGUCAGCCGCGGUCACCUCCCAUUGAACUGAUUUCUGAAGAACUUUAAAAAAGCACUUUGUGCGAAUGAUUUAGAAAUGAGAUGAUCGGGAGUGAUGGAUGAGGGAGGGCCGAUGGAGAAGCAGAGCUCGGGACAAUGGGCUGUAGCAGCAAAAAAGAUUGACCCUAGUUCAUCGGUUCAAUUAUUUCCUUUUGGCUCUCAAACCAUUCAAAUCCCAUCACCCCACUUGCUUCUCCCUACCCCUGCCAUAGAGCGUUCCCUACGCCCCACCCCGCCCAGCCCCAUCAUGCAUAUCAUUCCCCUAAUCCUGCGCAGUAUUGUCUCCCUGUGUAUGUCUCUCGAAAGAUACACUGUCAUAUCUUUGACUCAUUUAUCUUUGAUAUUUGUUGGUAGAAGCUGAUUGACACAUUGCGAGUUGAUCUCUUACAAAACAGGAGUGGUGUCUAUGUUAA